GGUAUACAAUAUGCUAUAGGAGUAAUUACAUAAUACAUAAAUAAAUAAUAUCUCCACCCAGUUACAUCCCGAAAUAAAGACUGGACCGAUUGAGGGUGAUCGCCGUUCGUUUUUAUCGCAUUAGUUUCCCAUCCGUCCACGUUUGGAGAGCGAAUUCGGGUACAUGAUUUGCCCCUCUUCCUCCGCCGCACUUGUAAACUCGUCCACCAUCCACCCCAUUGAAAUGUGCACUAAAAACUUACAUGUAUUCACGAGUCCGGAUACACCAUCAUAACUGCCGAGAAAUCAAUGACUUCCGUGUUCUACAAAUUUUGCUGCAGAACGUCAAGGUUGAUUUUACGAAAUUUUUCAACGACCCACAUUAUUAAAUACAAAACCAAAUUUUUGAUACUUCUUAAAAGUUUUUUUUUUUUACGGUCAUACUGCCUUUUCAAUGGACCAGAAUGUUAACAUGUGGUGAAUUCACUACCGAAUUCGGAGCGUUCAGAUCAUGGAAUGCAUUCAAAUAAUAAUGCGGUCGAUACGGAACGAGGUUUUCUCUUUAGGGCAGUACGUGGGAUGACCUUAAACGAUGUGCUUUGGGGCGGGUUCCGCGUGUAAUGCGUUUUUUUUUUCGACGGCGAAGGUCGUUUGCAUAUCAUUAUCAUUGAUUUCAAUAUUAUACAUAAUAUAACGAUCGAAAACCAUGUUAACCGAUCGUUUAUUUUUUUAAUCAUCGGUAUUACAAAGUCUGCUGGAGGUUACCGUCGUCACCGCAUCCGAUGUGACCGCGGGCGUAUUUUUAAAAUGUCUAUUAUUUACACGCGGUAUCUAUAUCGUCCCUGGCUGCGUAUCGUGGCGAUCUUGAUAACGGUAGUGAAAUAUAGACCAGCGCCGCCCUUGUCGCACGCGCAGAACACCGUGCGUGUGGUCUAGCGAAAGUCAAAUCACUUCGGGGGCUGCGCAAUUUUCGAUAUUUAACAGUCCAUGAGUUCCAAUCGAAAAGUCUUGUACUUCAUUCGUAGCAAACUAAAUACAACGGACAAAGUCGCGUUUUCCACAAAUUAAUUUCGAUUGUAUUACAUUGUUGUUUUUUUCUUUUUCCCGGAGUUCUUUCCCGAUUUCAAAGUUGCCGACAACGAAUUGUGAAUAAUGUCCAAACUUACACCUGUGACUCAUGUCAUCUUCGACAUGGACGGAUUACUUUUAGACACGGAGAAGGUGUACUUGUCGAGCAUUACCAAAGUGCUGAAAGAUCAUGGUAAAGAAUAUACAAACGACUUGCGUAUCAAGGUUAUGGGUACGAUACCAAUCAACACUGCUACGAUUAUUAUAAAAGAACUAGGAUUGGACAUGGAACCUGAUGAACUUAAUGAAGAGUUAUAUAAUAACCAGAUCAAACACAUGGAACAAGUUCCAUUUUUACCAGGUGCUGAAAAGUUAAUCGAUCAUCUGCAUUCAAACAAUGUACCAAUAGCUGUUGCUACCAGUAGCGGAGAAAAAAGUUUCCAAGUAAAAACAGCUAACUAUCAACAUAUUUUCUCAAAAUUCCAUCAUAUUGUACUUGGCAGUGCAGAUCCUGAAGUUAAACAAGGUAAACCAGCUCCAGACAUAUUCCUUGUUUGUGCAUCGCGGUUUGAUGAAAAGCCUUUACCAGAGAAAUGUUUAGUGUUUGAAGAUGCCCCAAAUGGAGUAACUGGAGCUAAAGCUGCUGGUAUGCAAACUGUUAUGGUGCCGGAUAAAAUAAUUCCAGUUGAAAAAACUAGUCAUGCCACUCAAGUAUUAUCUUCAUUGCUGGACUUUAAACCUGAAGAUUUUGGACUACCUCCAUUCCCAUGAUGAUGGAAAUUCAACCAAACAGACAUUGUAUUUCAGAAUAUUGUUAGUGAAAAAAAAACUUGAAAAAUUUGUUAUUUAAUUUAAUUUGAUUUAAUUGUUUUGGUAUUCAAUAUCAGUCAGCUGUUUCUUAACAAA